CCUGAUAAGCCAAACUCCUUUCAUGAUAGAUCAUAGAUCCAAACACGAAUGAAGGUAGCACAGCUGCACAGACACAGAAUAUUGUUUUUCCUCUCCAACCAUUAGCGAGAGAUGGCAAGAGAGGCUUUGACACGGAUCUUGAGAUUGAUUAAUGGGCCCAGCCCAUUUAAUUUCUGGUUCAACGGUCGGUGGUAGACAUCGGCGCUGAUGCUUCAACCUCGACUCGUUAAGUCGUUAGUACUUUAGUCGUUAUAAAGACACUGCUGCGCGAUGCUGUCUUAUCCUCCCGGCUCCCGCCACUCCUACCAUUCUCACGUCGAUCCCUACCAAUCCACCGUGGUAAGGUUGCUACUUGGUACUAGUUACUUACCGCCAAUAGACAACGCAUUUGUUCUUUUUCGCCGGAAAAAUGGAGGCUGCUGCGACAUCCACUGAUUCCGGCAAUCUAUCCCAAAAGAUCGUGGCGGUAGCCGCCGGAGAAGCUCAUACUCUCGCUCUCACCGGAGAUGGUAGUGUAUAUUCAUGCGGAAGAGGAACUUUCGGUCGGCUAGGGACUGGGAAAGAAACCGACGAGCUACUCCCAGUUCGAGUCGACUUUGAUUUGUCCAAUAAAAAGAGAGCUUUUCACGAGAAACCUGAACAAGAAAAGCCCAAGUUUGUAGAUAUCGCAGCGGGUGCUUAUCACAGUCUCGCAUUAGAAGAUGAUGGAUCAGUUUGGUGCUGGGGCUAUAAUGUCUAUGGUCAACUUGGUCUAACUGCAGAGAAUUCUUUAGUUCCUUGUUUCUUAGACCAAUUUCUUGAGUUGGGUUCUCCUGAUUCAUCGGUAGAUGAAUCAAAACCAAACAGUAAAACACCUUUGAAGGUUAAGUCUAUUAAAGCAGGAGGAAUGAUGUCCAUGGCAAUUGAUAGUCUUGGUGCCCUCUGGAUGUGGGGGAACUGCCCUCAGCAAUCCAAGACAACCGAUGGAGAGUCCCCUCUUUUCAGAAGUCCCACUCCAUCACCCGUUUGGGAUUUCCAUGGUAGAACUGUUGUUAAGGUGGCAUGUGGAAAUGAGCAUGUUGUAGUCCUAGUAACUGUAGGGGAAACAUUUACAGGAGACAAUCUUUUAUGUUACUCUUGGGGUAAUAACAACCAUGGCCAAUUGGGCUUAGGAGACAAGGAGAGAAGAUUCCAUCCUGAAAUUGUGGAGACUUUUAAUCAAGGAUGCCCUUGGGUAGUAUAUGACGUAGCAUGUGGAGCUUUUCAUACAGCCGUACUCACCUUUAAAAAGACAGAACAUUACACAGUGAACUCUUCUUAUCCCAAUCUUGCGUGGCAAGGAAAACAAAGUAUGUGCUGGACAUUUGGCCUAGGAGAUAGUGGCCAACUUGGCCAUGGAACCAAUAAUAAUGCAUUAGUCCCAGAACUUGUGAAAGAAUUGCCACAAGAUGUAUUCCUGAUUUCCCUUGACUGUGGAUUAUUUCACACCUGUGUUGUUUCAUCAGCUGGAGAUGUAUGGUCAUGGGGAAUGGAAAAAGGUCUUGGUCUUUGUCCAGAUGCAAGUUUUACUGGUACUGAUGCAGGGGAUGCAGUCUCUCCACUUAGAGUUCCAUUUGAUGGACCAUAUGGACCUCAGUUUGAAGGGCCUGUGCAAGUUACUUGUGGGGCUGCACAUACUGUUCUUGUUGCCCAUAAUGGAUAUAAGCUUUGGUCAUGGGGUAGGGGAUGGAGCGGAGUUCUUGGAAGAGGUAACACAAUUGACAGCUUUUCCCCUAGUAUUGUGAUGUGGCCACCACUAAAUGAGGAUUUCAAGGAGGGCUUGGACAAGGUUGAUGGGGAAGGAAAAGUUGAAGAUGGAGAAUUAGGAAGAACAAGGGAGAUGGAGAAAAGGUUGUCCUUGGCAACGGAAGAGGCGCAGCGCCUUCAAUCAAAACUGACUGUUAUGGAACGAUAUGCUAACUUGUUACAUGGUUCUAUUUUUGGAAAGCCUUUGGAGGAGAGAGAUGUUCCACCAUCACUCCGGGACUCUGGUACAUUUGAUAUUGCAAAGGAGUGGGAUAAUAUGUUGGAAUCUGCUGACAGUGGGAAGCUUGUGCGCUUGGAAAUGUUCUAUCGAAACAUGCUAUCUGGUGUAAAGGAUAAACUAUUGAGGAGAAAGAUUCAGGAGCUGAAGUUGCUUAAUUGGCCAGAACAUCCUCUCUUGAACAUUUCACAGACAAACCUUUUAUUGAGCAAACUACAAGAGCUGUCCAUGGCAAAGCUACGCCCACACUUUAUUGAAGCUGACUUGCCACCUCAUUCCCCGAACUCUGAGACUAGCCCUGGCUACAAAUCUUGGGCGUGCUAUUCUGGAAGAUUGAUGAAUUUGAAGCUUUGUAACAUAAAGCUGCAAACAGGUCUGGUAGUGGGAAAAGGUUGGAGUCAUGAUAUCACAUCAGUGUUCUAACUUGCAAAUAACUCUUAUUGAUCUCCAGUUCUCCAUAGAAGGGGCUCACUUGACUAAACGGUGUUAGAAAGCGUGUUUUUUUGCUUAGGUAUCAUCAACCUGGAGUUUCAUGCCGGUACUACUUUCUACUGACCAGAUGACAAAUGGUUUUGCUGGUGGUUGUUCACAUAUCUUUUCUAAAUUUAGAGCUUGCUCCGGCAAGUUAUUUCCGGAAGUUAGAUCACGAUCAUGUAACUAAUUAAUAUGAUCUUAGACUAAUUAUUUAGGCGGGGGAGGGAUUUCCUUGUUUAGUUUAUCAUGUAUAAUUGUUAUGAUGUGGGUUAUCCCUGGUAAUUUUUGUUGGAACGCUAGAUUACAGGGAAGUGGGAUUUAAGUACCGUAUACCGUAGGUGUUUAACUAUUCAUGUGAUACCACUGUAAAUCUGUGGCUGUUCAUUUGA